AUGGCUACUACUGGGAUUGCGGAGAUCGCAUCCUUUUCGGAGCCAGUUUUGGCCCACCUGAAAGCAAUCUACGAAUCACUGUGCCACAAUGGCCCAGAACCUCAUUUCAAUUCUGUCCAGAACGACGCGGAUUCCGGGCAAGAUCGCCUCACAUCCCUGGCUAGCUUUUUGACUUAUAUGGCCAGCCCUGCAGCGCGCGCAAACCAUACUGCGGAGGCCUCAGAUCUCUCUGCACGAAUCUCGCAUUACUAUAUCUCAUCCAGCCAUAAUACAUAUCUGACCGGCAAUCAACUCUACAGCCAGGCGAGCGCUGCUGCUUACACAAAUGUCCUCCUGCGAGGCUGUCGGUGCCUAGAAAUCGAUGUUUGGGAUGGCUUGUCUAGAUCAUCAAGCGUCAGCUCCAGCUCAAGUUUUCACGAAUCCAAUGAGAACCGGCCGUUAAGACAAACAAGUGUCAAUGGCCAUUCACGCAUGAAAUCAUUAUCGAAUGGCGUUCGUCAGCUAGUCAAGCGUGCAGCAUCAACCCGUAGUAGCAAGCACCCCACCUUGUCGCAUGCACAGAUGCUACAAAAGACGAACUCAAAAACGGGUGAGGCUGGUGGAUCUGGAGUACUGUGCGAGCCUCGUGUAUUGCAUGGGCAUACCUUGACCAAAGAGGUUUCUUUUCGUGACGUCUGCUACGCAAUACGAGAUAAUGCAUUCGUGGGAAAUGACCUUCCUGUAAUUGUGAGUCUGGAAGUGCAUGCCGGUCUUGAACAGCAGCAAAUGAUGGUUGAUAUCAUGCGAGAAGCGUGGAAAGGUUAUUUGGUGGAAAUAGAAACCGGAGAGAAUACAGAUCUUCCGCGCCUGCAGGACUUGAGACGAAAAAUCCUUAUUAAAGUCAAAUGGUCUCCACACAAUUCCAAAGUUGCGGAAGGAGUAGCGCAUACUGAAGAGAAGACAGAAGAACUCGAAAGUGGAGUGAGGAAACUUGAUAUCGUUGGUGAGGAUCGCCAAGACUCCCAAUCGAAGCAAAAAGCAAGCAAGAUUCUUCAUGCUCUGGGCGAGCUUGCAGUGUAUACAAGAGCAUUUCACUUCAGUCAUUUUACUCAAAAAGAAGCGACAAUGCCAACCCAUGUCUUUUCGUUGUCCGAAACUGCUGUUAAAGAUGCACAUGCGAAGAGCAACCGAGCCUUACUUGAUCAUAAUCGCGAAUUUCUGAUGCGAGUCUACCCUUCGGGUAUUCGGGUGAACUCAUCUAACCUCGAUCCUACCUUUUUUUGGCAGCAGGGUGCACAAAUGGUGGCUCUUAAUUGGCAGAAUUGUGAUAAAGGUAUGAUGAUUAACGAUGCCAUGUUCCCAGAUGGAGCAGGAUGGGCGAUGAAACCCUCUCUCUAUCGAGCCGUCAGCAGUGGCGAUGGCUGUAGUAAUGUUUUGUUGGGUGAUGCUGUCCAGACUGUGGAUCUUUCUAUUGAGAUAUAUGCGGGUCAGCAAAUCCGCCACCCUGAUACAAACUCAACAUCUGGGAAUAAUUUCCAUCUUUAUAUCAUUUGCCAGCUUCAUUUAUGUAAGGCCGAAGAAGCACUAUCAGCAACUGACGAACCGGGGCAGAGACCCAAGCAGAGAGCAGCAAAUGAGGAGAAUGAUACCAAGAAAUACAAAUUGAGAUCCAAAACAAGUACCGGCAUAGACCCAGAUUUCAAAGGCGAAAGAUUCAAGAUUAAAGACGACGAAUUUGGACGCGACAGCCUUGCUGCAUGGGCCUGUAUUCGGCUUGAUCGAUUGAAGCAGGGAUAUCGUUUCCUGCACCUUAAAAAUGGUCUGGGACAACCGUCUGGGAUGUUGUUGGUAAAGAUCAAUAAGAAAGUUUCCAAGUCUUGA